GCACUCCCCCGCCCGGCGCCCCCGCUCCGUCUCCAGGAAGGGCCCGGGGAGCCCCACGCUCCCCCUCGGCGCGGCGGCGGCUCGGGUGCGAUGUCGUGUUAGCCGGCGGCCGUCGGGAAGGCGCGCGAGUUGCCGGGGCUGCGGUGGCACUAUGGGCACCGGGCUGGGGGCGGCGGCGGCCGCACUCCCUGAGCGCUCCGGCUGAUCCCGGCGAUGUGCCGGCGUCUUGUGGAAAUACUUGGGAAAUAGCGUGGAGCGGUCCGGGGAGGACGAGCGGCACGGCGAUUCACCAGCUGAGAGGAGGUCGUCCGGCCGUGGUGCGCAGGCAAACAAAUAUCACUUGCUGUGUCAUAGCACAUGGAUUUCAGGACCGCCUGUGAAGAGACAAAGACAGGGAUUUGUUUGCUGCAGGAUGGUAACCAGGAGCCUUUCAAAGUGCGACUGCACUUAGCCAAAGAUAUUUUGAUGAUCCAGGAGCAGGAUGUGAUCUGUGUGUCUGGUGAGCCUUUCUAUUCUGGUGAAAGAACAGUAACAAUUAGGAGACAGACUAUAGGAGGAUUUGGAUUAAGUAUAAAGGGUGGAGCAGAACAUAAUAUUCCAGUGGUCAUUUCUAAGAUUUCCAAAGAACAAAGAGCUGAACUUUCAGGUUUGCUUUUUAUAGGAGAUGCAAUUCUACAGAUUAAUGGAAUUAAUGUGAGAAAAUGCAGACAUGAAGAAGUGGUUCAGGUCCUUCGCAAUGCAGGAGAGGAAGUGACCUUAACUGUGUCCUUUCUGAAAAGAGCACCUGCUUUUCUCAAACUGCCACUGAAUGAAGAUUGUGCAUGUGCCCCCAGCGACCAAAGCAGUGGCACAUCCUCUCCCCUAUGUGACAGUGGUUUGCAUCUCAACUACCACCCCACCAACACGGAUACAUUAUCAUGUUCUUCAUGGCCAGCAUCCCCAGGACUUAGGUGGGAAAAAAGGUGGUGUGAUCUCCGAUUAAUUCCACUUCUUCAUUCACGAUUUUCCCAGUACCUUCCAGGAUCAGAUUUGUGCAGGCAAAAUGCAUUCCAAGUAAUUGCUGUGGAUGGGGUUUGCAGUGGAAUAAUUCAGUGUCUUUCUGCUGAAGACUGCAUUGACUGGCUACAAGCAAUAGCAAGUAACAUUUCCAGCCUCACAAAGCACAAUAUAAAAAAAAUCAACAGGAAUUUUCCAGUAAACCAGCAGAUAGUCUACAUGGGCUGGACGGAAGAACGGGAACAAGACUCCCUUCAGGAUCGAAUGUACACACCAAAGUUCCUAGCACUGCGGGGAUCUUCCCUGUAUAAAUUUAUAGCACCUCCAGUCACAACCUGGGAUUGGACACGAGCUGAGAAAACGUUUUCAGUUUAUGAGAUAAUGUGCAAAAUUCUCAAGGACAGUGAUUUACUGGACCGGCGGAAACAUUGCUUCAGUGUCCAGUCUGAAUCUGGAGAAGAUCUUUACUUUUCUGUGGAACUAGAGUCUGACCUUACACUAUGGGAAAAAGCCUUCCAAACAGCAACUUUUUUAGAAGUUGAACGUAUACAGUGCAAGACAUAUGCCUGUGUUUUGGAAAGUCAUCUUAUGGGACUUACCAUUGACUUUAGCAUGGGCUUUGUCUGUUUUGAUGCUGCCACAAAGGCUGUACUUUGGAGGUACAAGUUUUCCCAGCUCAAGGGUUCUUCAGAUGAUGGGAAGAGCAAAAUCAAAUUUUUAUUCCAAAACCAAGAUACUAAACAAAUUGAAGCAAAGGAGCUGGAAUUUUCCAACCUGUUUGCAGUUCUUCACUGUAUCCACUCAUUCUUUGCAGCCAAAGUGGCUUGUUUGGACCCUUUGUAUGUAGGCAGUCAAGCCACAGCUUCUGCUGCUCCCACAACUUCUGGUACUGGCAAAUUAAAGUAUACUACUUGACUUCUCACAUGACAGCACUGCCACUUAACAACAAGAUAUAACAAUGUAUAUUCAUAAGAUGUAGACCUUUGGUGAACCAUGUACAUGGAAACCAGUCCUGGAGGCAAGACAUCUUGCAGCAUCAACAGAUAAAUGGUCAUGUGGGAUCAUAGAUCCAUCUCUGUUCUGCAAGACAUCAGUAUAUAACCCUAGUUGAAACCCCAGAAUAGGACGGAAAUGCUUUUAGUAUGAUCUAUUUCUACUUACAUAGUGCUUUAAGCAACACUGGAAACAAAGGAAUAAAUGACAAAAUGAAGCACUUCGGUAUUUAAUAAAAUUUUCAAAUUGCUGUAAUAAUACACAAAUAGAAUUGUCAUUUUCCUGGUUUCAGAUAUUUUUUAUGACAAUAUACUAAACUCUGAGUAUGAACUUAAUACCCUAUCAUUAUAAAUGACAUAAGAGCAAGCAACAAGCAUAUAGUACAUGGUGACAAGGAGAUAAGCAUGAAAAGGCAUUUAUGUAAGUAUCUCCUCAAACAAGAAAGCACUUUAAGCACUGUUAUAAAUCCAUAUUUGUGUCCAUACAUGGAGUCAUGCUACUUUUCUCUGUUUUGUACUUUUAGUCUUAACAGUAACAGCAAGAAAGAUGCAGCCAUAUUGGAGUGAUAGGUUAAAAAACAAGUAAGCCAAGCCACAAAAAGCAAAAUACCUUUCCAUAAGUAAGUCCCUCUUCUUCAAGUAAAAAUAAUGUGAUACGAAUUCAAUUUGAAUAACAAAUUAAGUGCAAGUGCAUAAAGUAUCAUGUCUGCUACUUACUUCCUCCUUUUUUUUUGUCAAGAACUAAAUUCUGUAAAUCUCAUAGUCUUUGUUCACAAUAAUUAACUAUUGAAUUUGUUUCAGAGACAAUCCAUCUGAUACCUUGUUUCCAUGUUUAACCUUGUUUUCACAUCAUAAGUAGAACCUCUGUUCCACUCAGGCUGUCAACAAAAGAGAUACUCUACAUUAUGCUUGAAAAAUGAGUCCACCCUUUGAAUGUUUUAUUUUUUUAUAUAUUGUUAGUAAAAGACAGGAAUAAAAUAAAUAACUUGAAUAGAUCACAGUGCAUAAUGUUAAGAUUAUUACAUCACUCUGGACCAGACCAUUUACUAGUUCUAGAAUAUCAUUUAAUGAUGAAAUCUGACAGAGCUGAUAAAUUUAAAAUUAGUAAUUUUAUUUAAAUAUAAUUUUGCAAAAUAAUUUAAUUUUGGGCUAUUACACACAUAAGUGAAGAUGGGAAAGUGGUGGGAGAAUGUAUGGGAUAUAGCUGAAGCAACAGAAAAGGUGAGGUAUCUUGCCAGACAUGAUAUGAGAACCUAAAAAACUGUAAGAGGAACCAUUAGUGCAGCUAUAGUAUGUGCAUAAAUACACAUAACAUUUUAAAUAAUAAUUUGUGGGGUUUCUCUUUAUUAUGUUGAAAUAAAAACUUUUUUUUCCUACCCCCCCCACACACACACACUUAGACUUGUUAUAAAAGCACAUAGAAGGAAAGGGUUAUGAGCACCAUCUGCCUUGCUUAACAGAAAGGCUAAUUCUGUCACAUCUCUUUCUAUGUAAUAAGGUAAUUAAAACUUCAAAAGUGAAGCCAGAGUAAAGCCUUUUCAAAAUGAGAACAAUUAAAAAUAUAAGGCAGGGACAAAAGAUGAAUGAACUGUGGGGGAAAAUAGUAUUUCCUUUGCUUUGCUUUGCAUUAGAAAUACUUGGAUUUAUGUGUGUGAGAGUGUCCUUGCCUUGAAGUAUAGCUACUAGUUCCAAAUAAUCUGAAAAUAUAUUUUCUAGAGACUCUUUUUAUCACUUUCACAUGGCCUUCACCGUAUGCUUGCUUCUUAUUAGUACACCUCUAAGGGUUAUACGCUUAUUUUCCAUGCUAAAUACAGUGGAAGGAUGUCGUAAUCCAGCUAUCAAAUGCUUUAAGUGUCACCAAAAUCCAACAUUUUCAUAGUCAUCAUUGUGUCUUUGUUUAUAUGAAUUGUCCCUAAUUGAGGGCGUCACAUCCUGGUCUCUGAAUGACACAUGAAACUACCAUGGCUGUCCAUCAGAUCUUGAGUUUGCUCCUGAGGAAGUACAAACCCCAGAUAUUUUGAAUCCAAAGCUACGGCAGUCUGAGGGGUUAAACAAUGGUAACUCAGGCACUGACCUUUUCAAGAACGUAUGUACUGGAAACAGAAAUUUUGACAGAGCACUGACAACACUGAAAACAGAAGCCCAAUACCUGUUAAUGAUAGUUCUCCUCUGCACUCCCUAAUCAUCUCCUUCCUUUUCUUGCAUUGCUGUGGCAUUUAGCCAUCAGAGCGUUGGCAUGUGCUAACACUUCAAUAAAUGCUGUGUUUGUAAAAACAGAAUCUAGAACUAAUCAGCUGUCAGUUGAAUGUUUCUCUUUCAACUGUUGAUGUUCCGUGCACAGUUGUACCACUGAAAGUGAGAGUUAUUAAUGGACAUUUUUUAACGUGCUUAAAUUAACAUAACAUUUACCCAUACCAGUAUUUAUGUCAUUCCAGAUUGCUGCACAUUAAGGGAUUCUGUGAUAUGAAAGCCUCUCCCUCUCCUUUCUAAAAAAAAUGCUCCUUCUGCAAAACUGAGCUAAUGACAUGAGCUUUUGGGACUUCACCAGAGUAUCCUAAAGAUCUCUGUCAAGUAUUCUGUUUGUAGAACUGCUGUCACAUCAGUGAGACUUUUGUAACUGGGCAUUAAAUACACCACAUGUAAAAUACAAAUAUUAGCCCAUAAAUUGAUUUUGAUUUCCUAAAUCCCUGUAUUUCAAGGAGCUAAACUGAUGGGGGUUAAUCAAUAUUUUUGUUUUCAAGAAAAUAAAAGUAAUGUUGUGAGAGUGCAAAACACGGUAGGCUUGUCUGCAGGUCAGCAUUGGUUUGUAAAUGCAGGAGGGUUCGUGCGCUGACUUCACAGAAUAUUCAGAGGUGAGUCUGCAUCCAGGCUGUCCCUUUUAGAGGAAGUUGGUCAUAAAUUCAGUCCAAAAAGGAAAAAUUUUAAACUCUGCAUUAUGACUAAUCCUGAAAUAGCAAAAUGUAAUUUACAAACAUAUUAAAUGAGCGUAUUUUUCAUUUAAAGACCUACAGGAGAUUCCCAUUUAAACAAUAAUGAAUUUAAUAUGUAUAUGUCAAAACCCAGGCUUUAUGUUACAGUCUCUCAUUUCACACAUAAUGCAUAAUGAAUAGAGGUAUUCUGUAAGUCAAUAGCUCAGUGACAAAGAAACCCCACAAUUACAAUGAGCUAUUAGCUUUUGUUAAAAAUCUGUAAGCAAUUAAGAGAAAAUUAUUUAAGAAACUCAGAAACCCAACCUACCCAUAUUGUAAAAGGUAAUUUGUUCUCUUUAUGUCAUGAUAUUCUUAAAUAAGUUUAAUAAAAACAAAUCUUUAUAAUACUGUGCCUAUUGAAGUGAUGUAAUAUGGUAUACCAAAAAAUGUGUACUCUUCAGUAUAACUUAAGAUAACUUGUUUUAUCAUGGAAAUUUUAGAUGAUCUGACCUUCACAGAGCUCACCAUAUGCUAAAUUAUGGUGUUAGCAUCAUUUUGUUAUGAAAGUGUUACCGAUUUGAAUAUGUUAUUCUGGAUUGCAUCAGUGAAUGAAUACUUUUCAUUUCUUUUGUCUGUUUAAAAAUACAGUUCUCAAUUUCUAAAAGAGAUUUGCAUACCAGUAGCAUGAAGGCACCUUUGAAAUAAAAAUUAGCAUAUUUUUAGAUGUUGGCAAUUUUAUUUUGUUAAGUGCAACAAGAAGUCUGUGGAGACAAACUAGUUGUAAGAAGUGGGUUAUUUUUUAAAACCAAUAAUUUGAAGUUUUGUCUAUUCAAAGUAGAAUUCAUAAGAAUGUAAACCAAUAGUAUAUAGUACCAAUGUGUUUUGAGAUGACAAUGAUGAGAAAUGUUAUUUUCCAAAUGAGUCCUUGAUUCCACAAAAAUAUAUUUAUUUACUUUGUGCUUAUAGACUUUAUCAGAAUAGUUCAAAGUGGACAGUUAAACACAAGUUGGUAAUUGUCAAUACUGCAGCCUGUUACGUUAAAUGUGAUUUUGUUUAUUCACUGCCUUAAGAUGUUUCUUACACCAAACAAAAUGUUAAAAAGGCUAAAGAUCUUGUGAAUGUACAGUUUCUGCCCUUAGAAAUUCAGCAGCUUUGCUACAUAUGGUUCCAGUACCCUCAAAUAUUCCCUAUGCCAAAAAGAAAGACCAGUUUUUAUUCUACUUGGUAAAUAAAUACCAGGGACCCUUUUGGAAAAUGUAAUUUUAUUAAUAUUAAACAGUAAUCCUUUCAUUGCACUUUCCAUUUUCUUACAGUCUCUGGUCUCUGAAAAAGUGUAGUGUCUGAAAAAAGUUUAAGCUGAUUUUAAAGUGUUCAACCUCAGGCAAUUAUGAGUCCAUACCUUGGACUCACCGGUUCUGCGUGAUGGGGAGCAUAAGAGACUCACAGAAGCUCCUGAAAUUU